UCCUAAGGAAACACAAGGUCUUGUACUAAAUAAUUCGAAACCUAAACUUCAGAAAUGAAAUCUACUGCUACAGCCGUUCUUGCAGUCGUGUGCUUGAUCGCCAUCUUGACCUAUGCAUCUGGCAAUCCUACCCCAGAAGAAGAGGCGAGACACCAUCAUCAUGACCAUCAUCACGAUCAUCAUGACCAUCAUCACGAUCAUCAUGACCAUCAUCACCACGAUCACCAUGGCCAUCAUGAUCAUCACCACCAUGAUCAUCACGAUCACCACCAUCAUGGGCAUCAUCAUCACCAUGGCCACCAUCACUAGAAGCAAGAGGAAAAGUUGUCACAGAGUGAUGAUCUUCACAGCAAAACAUGGAAUUCAAAAUUUAUGUGCGAUAGAAUUGAUCUGUGAUGAUUUAAUAAAAUAAGAGAUACAGCAAUUAAGCUCUUUAUUUCAC